GCGUAGUAUAUGUAUGACAUCGUAUGUAGAGUCACAGGUAGAGUACCGAAGAGCGGCCGAAUGCUCGGUGACGGGUUUACAGUGAAAUCUCGCGAGAAUCAACGAGCUCGGCGCGACUCAGCACGUUAUCAAUUCGGAAAACGUUAAGCGCGCGGGGGACUGGAUCACUGUGCCGCUUUUUCCGAAUCGCGCGAGACCGCACAAAUGGUGCGAUUGCCGCGUAACGCAUAUGCCAGACUGUUGAGAUCUUGUGAGAAGGUCUCCUAAGUGGAGCGCCUUUGACGGUUCCGUGCGGGCGCGAAACGCGCGAGGCUCGUGAGCUAUCCUUGCCAGGCCCGGAAUGGCGGAAAAUCAGGGCAACUCGUCCGGUCAGACCGGCCAAGGUUCUGGCAGAUCUUUCAACUUUCCGCGAAUGGAUUUUCGAACAAACAAUGACGUUCAGAAUGAGAUGUCGGAGAGGCGAAGACAGCUGAAACUUAGUUUCCAAACACAAGGCAAUAAUUUGUCGUUUGCCAAUUCUACAAAUUCCUCAUUGUCGAAUUCAACAGGAGCAACCACGGCGUGUCCACCAAUAUCCACCCGCCCAAGUCUGCCUUUAUCUCUACCUAAGCUGCCAGUCAGACCUCGCAAUAUGUUACAGCAGCAAGAAUUUCUUCCCGACAAGGCAAGAGACAAACUACGAAUGUGCCAGUCUAUGCAGACAACUGGUAAAUUGCAAUUAUCUACAGACGUAGUGUACGAUUUCACAAGUGAGGAUCUUCAGGAUCUUGGGGAAAUAGGAAGGGGAGGAUUUGGAACUGUAAAUAAGAUGAUUCAUAGGAUAAGCAAUACCGUUAUGGCUGUGAAGAGAAUUCGCUCUACCGUGGACGAGAGAGAACAAAAGCAACUGUUAAUGGAUUUAGAAGUUGUGAUGAAAUCGAACGAGUGCCCGUGUAUUGUGCAAUUUUAUGGCGCUUUAUUUAAAGAGGGAGAUUGUUGGAUUUGCAUGGAACUUAUGGACACAUCGUUAGAUAAGUUUUACAAGUUCAUCUACGAGAGAUUAAACGAGAGGAUACCGGAAUGUAUUUUAGGCAAAAUUACGGUGGCCACCGUAAAGGCACUGAAUUACCUCAAGGAGAAGCUAAGAAUAAUUCACAGGGAUGUGAAACCUAGUAAUAUUUUAUUGGAUCGCCGAGGUAACAUAAAAUUGUGCGACUUUGGUAUAUCCGGCCAGCUUGUGGACUCGAUCGCGAGGACUCGUGACGCUGGUUGUAGACCGUACAUGGCUCCGGAAAGGAUAGACCCGCAACGCGCACGUGGCUACGACGUGCGGAGCGACGUAUGGUCAUUAGGUAUUACGCUGAUGGAGGUUGCUACGGGAUAUUUCCCGUACCCGAAGUGGAACUCUGUCUUCGAACAACUUUAUCAAGUAGUGCAAGGUGAUCCGCCGCGACUCUCUCCCAACGAGAAUGGCAAUCACUUCACUAUGGACUUUGUGAACUUUGUGAAUACAUGCUUAAUUAAGGAGGAGACGCAGCGACCGAAGUACAAUAAACUGCUGGAACAUCCGUUCAUCAGGCAAGCCGAGGAGGCGACAAUCGACGUCGCGGCGUACAUCAGUGGUGUUCUGGACAAUAUGGCUAAUAACGGAGUGACACCGUUCACUACCAAUCAACCGUAGGAAUCGGUAAUUAAAAAGGCGGCAGGGGGCGACAGCAGGGCAUGUCACGCGUCGUAGUACCUCGGUUUUUACAGUCCUCUUCAGACUCUCAUCCCUCCGAGCACCGUGUUUGAACGGUGCUGUCGCACUCCCAACGAUCUAGCGGAAAUAGCGGAUAUAGAUAGCGGAAAACCGACGAUUGUUUCUUCUGUCGACGUGCGUCGUCGUCUUCACCUUAGAAUUUGUAUCUCUCGUCUGAUCAUGGAAUGGCCGUGUACGCAAUAGAACGAGCAUCAAGGUGUGCGUCUGGCGAGUUGGCGUUCGUUAAAUAUCGAAUAUGGUGAUAUCGGUACGCGCGUACGUCUUUUUCCUAUUCUUGUUCCGUCAUCCUCCUUUCUUGUCUAUUUUCCUCUCUCUUUCUCUCUCGUUCAAUACGAUCCUAGAGAUACACGUCGCGCCCUGUUCCAAGCGUUCCCUUCGGUUCAUGUAAUUCUCGCAAUAGCGCGACUUAUCCCGAUGAAUUUCCAGCGGAUCGUACAUAUGCGUAUACAUGUACAUACGUAUGCACAUAUGUAUGCAAAUAUAUGUGUAUAUAUACCUGUACCUGUACCUGUACAGUGAACCGUAAAUCGUGGUAAAUGAAAACGAGAAGAAAAUGAUUCUUUAUGUAAAGGUAAAUUGAAAGAAAAUAUAUAACAUUUUUAUACGCAAAACACACUAUCUUUGAGAAAAUCAGAUUUAAAAAUUUAUCGAAUAAUUACCUAUUUUUAUUUCUCUAUUUGUGUUAGUACUCGUAAAUGUUUAUAUAAGGUAGGGUUUAUUACUUUCAUCGAUUAAAUCUACUUAAAUUUUCUUAAAGAGCCUUUGGAAAUUUAACGAAGAAAACUGUCUUUAGGAAUUUUUGUUUGAAAUUUGCAACGGAUUUUCAUAGGCUUUUGUAUUUAUUGUAGAUAUGUAUAUUGGACUUCAGUAAAAAAAAUCUAGUAUAGAUAUGUUUAUUAAUUUCAAAGUUAUUAGCGUUUAUAUAUGAGGCACUAGACAGCAUGGUGUGUAUGAUAUCUCGGAUGAUCUGAAACGGAAAUUCCGAUAAAUUUUCAUUUGUGUAUAGUUAAAAAAGACUAUAAACCUUAGAUAAAAUAAGAAAUAAAAUGAUGUUAGUUUAAAGUAAAAGAUUUUUUACAUAAAAAUCGAUUUUUAACAGAGCAAAAAAUAUUAAAUUUAGGGUACCCAAGGAAUUCUUUGAAAGCAAAUGUUCUACCAUCCUUUCCGAUUUAUCUCUACAUAAAUAAUCGCUCUCUUUUCGAUUGCAUCACGAAUUACAGCUCAUCCUGUAUAUACGCAUAAUUGUAUCUUGCCUAAAAAUCCUGAUUUUCACGAUCUUUUAUAAGGAGCGUUAUAGAAAUGCUCGGCGGACUAGUCGCCAAGAUUGUAUCGAGGAUACAUCCGCAUUGGCCGUUUUUUCGAGAAUUUUCUUAGGACAGAUUUAAAUACGAGUAUCAAAUGUUAGGAGUGCUGUAAUGUAAUGGAAAUAAAUCAUCGACACUCGCAAAAA